AUGGAAUACUGUGAGAAAAAGACAUUACACGAUGUUAUCGAAGAAGGCAUUUCCGAAGAAGAAGGAUGGAGACUAUUUCGGCAGAUUGUGGAAGGUCUGGUUCACAUUCACAGUCAAGGCAUGAUCCACCGUGACUUGAAACCGAGUAACAUUUUCCUCGACGCCAACGGUGAUGUGAAAAUCGGUGAUUUUGGACUUGCAACCACAAAUGCUCCGCUUAUAGAUAUAACGGCACCUCAAGUUCAAAACUACCAGUCUUAUGAAUACGCACCAGCACAGGAUGAGUCUUUGACUGCUGGCGUUGGCACAGCUCUCUAUGUUUCUCCUGAAAUCGCCGCCAACUCUCACAACCUUUCUCGUUACAACGCGAAGGUUGACAUAUAUUCCCUAGGCAUUAUCUUUUUCGAAAUUUGUUAUAACUUUUCUACAGAAAUGGAAAGAAGAACGACCAUUAUGGAUUUGAGGAGGACAGAAAUCGUGUUUCCAAAAGAAUUUCCCUGCGAAAAGUUAAAAAAUCAGGAAGCAAUCAUUAGAUGGUGUCUACAGCAUAAUCCAAAAGACAGACCAACGAGUAUGGAAUUGCUGCGAUGUGAGUACAUGCCGCCGAAGAUGGAGGAUGAGUACAUUCAAGAGAGCGUGAGGACUAUUGCCAACCCGAACAAUCCGUAUUACCAGAAACUGAUGGCAGCGCUUUUUACACAACAAAGUGACAAACACAAGGACUAUACCUAUGAUUAUAAUUCUGGCCAUUCUGACUUUGCCGCAUAUAACGAAAUAACAUAUAGCAAAGUUCGAGACCACAUGGUCAAAAUAUUCCGCCGUCAUGGAGCCAUCGAGUUGAAUGCACCGUUAUUGAUGCCAAAGACAGAUCUGUACAAAGAGGAUAGAGAAGCGGUUUAUUUGCUUGACGCAGAAGGCGCAAUAAUACAACUGCCGUUUGAUUUGACUGUACCGUUUGCCAGAUACAUUGGAAGACAUAAUAUAACAGACAUUAAGAGAUACGUGUUUGGGAAAGUAUACCGAACGAAUCCGGUCGGAGGCCAACCAAGAGUCUUUGCCGAAGUUGAUUUCGAUAUCGUGCAUAGCACCAACACUUGUUCAAUGAUACCCGAAGCCGAGGUCCUCAAAGUUGUGGAUGAAAUUAUCGAAGAGUUUCCACUGUCGAAUGCGGGUGAUUAUUGUUUUUAUGUCACACAUGCAAACAUUAUAGACGCAAUAUUUGACUGCUGUCGAGUACCUUGUGAUAUUAGAAGAGGGGUUUGCAGCGUUUUAAGCAAGCUUGGAAAAGUAUCAACAGGGCAGAUUAGAAAGCAGUUGAUGGUGGAAUACCAAUUGCCAAGGAGCAUUUGUGACGAGUUGGAGCUGUUUGAUUUUAGAGGUGAAUUAGAAACAGUUUACAAGAAACUCGAAAAGUUGGUCCCCGUAGAGCCAAUGAGAACUCGAAUAAAAGAUGCAGUCCGCGAACUAAAAACGUUAUCAGCCUAUUUGAAAGAUCUCGGUGUGCAUAGACAGCUCGUGUUUGUUCCUUUAUUAAUUCACAACCAUCACUAUUACAAAAACGGGAUUAUUUUUCAAGUGCUUCAAGACAACAAUAGAAAAGAUGAAUCCAUACUUGCCGCUGGUGGUCGUUACGAUUCGCUCAUUCAACAAUUUCGUUAUCCGAUUGGAUUUGCUGGGGGUUUGACUGGGAGAAAACAGAUUUUCGCGGUUGGAGUAAACAUCGCCGUACAAAAGAUUAUUAAUGCUUGUGUGCAUCAUCAAGCUUGUUUUACCAAAAAUUCGGCGGGGAGAAACGUGGAUGAAGAAAAGAGUUAUGGCAUUUGGAUGCCCAAAAAGUGUGACAUUUAUGUAGCUAGCCUUGGCAAAGUACAACUUGCUGAACGACUUGAAGUCGUUCGAGAACUCUGGUCUCACAACAUUAAAGCAGACUUUAUGUACGAAGAUGGAACAUAUCUAACACCAGAAAUGCUGAUUCACAAUUGUCGACAUCAAGGCAUCAACUGGAUUGCAAUCUUGAGGCACAAGUCACAAGAUCAUUAUAACAAAUCUGGGAAUUCACGCGAUAGUGGAAUUAGCGUAAAGGUGAAGAAUGUGUUGAGAAAGACAGAAAUCGAAGUACCCCGAUCCGAAUUGUGUAUGUAUUUGAGUUCGGAGAUUCAGGAUCAGAUGAGGAUUGAUCAAGUAUCCGGGGCUAGAAUGCAUAGACAUCAUUCUAUAUCGCAGUCAGAUCAGCUGUUAUCAUCAGACUUUAUACCAGCGAAUCAGUCAACUUCAACUGAAUCGUCGGCUCAUUAUUCGAAUCUCCCAGUCACUAUUGUUUCACUACAAUCUAAUAAGAAAAUGAAGCAUAAACAGAAACAAUUGCUUAUUGAUAAAGCUCAUUUGAAUAUAAAUACUAUAAUAGAUGAUAUCAAGUCUGGCAAUGUGCCUAUUAUGGCACUCGAUAUAAAUAAGGAAUUACUCAAGAAAUUAUCUAAUUGUUAUGUGUUGGAGGAUGAUUCGUUUAAAAAGGUUCUCGAUGCAGUGCCAGCCAAUUAUCGCGAAUAUAUGAUACAGAUAAGGGAUGUCUUGAAGAAACAUCACAAGCAUGGUCACAAACAUGUGUGGUUAUAUUCACACAAGGAUGACUAUGGAUUAUUAUAUCAGUUUGAAUCAUAG